AGCAGGGGCGGACUGACCAUUUGGAAACUCAGGCAGUGUCCGUGGGCCCGGGGUCAGUAGGGGGCCCCAUGAGAUGCCCCUGGUACCUUUUUCAUAGGCUUUUUUGAGUUUGGGCAAGGACACAGGGGCCCCAUGAUCCCCUAUUGCCCGGGGGCCCCAUGAGUUGUCAGUCCGCCCCUGCGCAUGAGUACAUCGCUGGAGCUGAAGUGGAUGUACAUGUUAGCUGGAUGAUAAUGCAUUGUGCAGUGCUAAUCAUUCCAGUU